UGUUGGGCACAAUGGAAACCAGUGUUUAUUUGGCAACAACAAUGUGCAUUUGAAGAGAAAUUCUUUUCAUUUUUCCUCCCUUCGUCACUUUCCUCCGGAGGUUGUGCACUCAAGACCUUUCUCAAGUGCCACUGCGACGACUGAACCAUUAAAAAUGCCGAUCCAGAAGCGCGGCGACAAGAUGAAUCAGCUCUUCGAAAGGCGUCUGAUGAUGCACGUAGCCCCCGUCCAGCAGCAGCCGCAACCUCAGCAGUCGUACUCGAGGAACCUGCAAUUCUCGGCCAUGAGGAACGUCGCCGUGAGAAACCUGGAGCGGGACUUCGACGCCGAGAACGAAAACUCGUACAACAACAGCGGCGAAAACUUCACGAGUCCACCGAAUUUUGUGGACAACGAGGAGCAGCUUCGCGGCCAGUCCCGACAACUCACCUCCGUGGUCACAAUGUGGUCCAGCAGUUCCUAUUCGGCGUCGCCCAACAAGGCGUCCCCCAAGCAGGACGUCUACAGCGACAGAUACAUCCCUUUCAGGCAGGGCAACAACUGGGAGACCAAAUUUCCCAUGAUUUCGGACGAGCUGGCCAGCCAGGACAACAACAGGAAUGGUUUGAGCCCGAAGAGGAGCAAGGAGAGUGACGGAAGCAAGGACGGAGCAGCGUACACUUGUCUACUGAAAAAUGAGCUUUUAGGCACGGAAAUUGAUGACGUGAAAGCGCAGACUGAUAACAAGAAGCAGACGGGGCCAACCGAAACAAACAACCUCUUUAGGUAUAAGUCACCGAGGAAGAAUUUCCUCAUCAACGACAGCAACUCGCCAUACUCCCUCUACCCUGUCAGUCCAAAGAGUCAAAAGCUGUUGUGCUCGCCUCGAAAAGCAACCAGGAAAAUAUCACGGAUCCCCUUCAAAGUACUGGACGCGCCUGAGCUGCAGGACGAUUUUUAUCUCAACCUGGUCGACUGGUCGUCUCAGAACGUUCUGAGCGUCGGCCUCGGCAGCUGCGUCUAUCUGUGGUCGGCUUUCACUAGCCAAGUCACAAGACUCUGUGAUCUCUCCAGCGACACAAACUCAAUCACAGCCGUCGCAUGGAACCAAAGGGGAAAUCUGGUUGCGGUGGGAACGAAUCAUGGAUACGUUCAAAUUUGGGAUGUUGCGGCCAACAAGCAAAUCAACAAAUUGCAAGGCCACUCCGCCCGUGUUGGUGCCCUCGCUUGGAACGGCGAAGUCCUCUCCUCCGGCAGCAGGGACAGAGUCAUACUGCAAAGAGACGUCCGAACGCCAUGCCUUAUUCCCGAAAGAAAGCUGGUCGGCCACAGACAAGAGGUGUGCGGCUUGAAGUGGUCACCCGACAACCAGUAUCUUGCCUCUGGAGGCAACGACAACAGGUUGUAUGUGUGGAACCUCCAUUCCCUUCAGCCAGUCCAAACCUACUCGGAGCACUUAGCAGCUGUGAAAGCAAUCGCCUGGUCACCGCAUCACCACGGCCUGCUGGCUUCUGGUGGUGGCACGGCAGACAGAUGCAUCAGGUUCUGGAACACCCUCACUGGCCAGCCUAUGCAGUGCGUCGACACCGGCUCUCAAGUGUGCAACCUGGCCUGGUCAAAGCACUCUUCAGAAUUGGUGAGCACCCACGGCUACUCACAGAACCAGAUACUCGUUUGGAAGUACCCAAGUCUGACCCAGGUGGCCAAGCUGACUGGUCACUCGUACCGAGUGCUCUACCUGGCCAUGUCUCCGGACGGAGAGGCUAUUGUGACUGGAGCGGGAGACGAAACUCUCAGGUUCUGGAAUGUUUUCAGCAAAGCAAGGUCACAGAAAGAGAACAAAUCUGUGCUUAGUCUAUUUAACAACAUCCGAUGAGUGCCCUGAUUUCCCAAAUCAUACAUUUCCUGGAGGAAGUGUUCCCCGUCGUUUCAAUAGUUAUCAUCUACCUGCGGUUUUUUUUGCAUAUUUUCGCAACAUAUUGCGUGAUCGGUUGCUGCUCGUUUUGCGGAAAGAGGUUUUAUUGUCUAUAUUAUAUUCCAACUUCUAUGUACAUUUGCUAUCAGAAAAAGAGAAUCUUUAUUAUUUCGCAUAUUAUGCUAUUUUACGUUUACUGUGAUGUGUGCUCGAAGAGUCUGUAGAUGAUUUAAUAAAUGUACAUAAUUCAAAUUGUUCCGAAUGCCUGCUCACAAAACGACAGGCUGUAUAAUUUGUGGGGAGUUAAGUUGAAUAAGAAAACAAAAAAAAGUAAUGUAAUUGAGUUGCUAAAUAAAUAAACCAUUGUCAAAAAGGGAUAAAAAUUA